UAUUCAGUUUUGUAGCUGAUUUCACAGGACUUCACUGGGCAUCUCGCCGCCGCUCGUUGUAGAGACAGUGCGAAGAUCAGUUCAUUUACUCUUGUCCCAAAACCGAUGACCUGCAGUAAAUAUCAAAGGCACUAAAGGAACCUGUGGACGUAUUCGUCGCAUGUUGUCAAGUACCUCUGUGCAGUAAGAUAAAUAUGUCACAUCCACAUAUGCAUCAUCAUGCGGACUCAACCAUGGAACCUGGUAUCACAGGCUCUCAUGGGGACCAUAUGACACACGACCCGGGUCAUGGGCAACACGACAUGAUGAUGCAAAUGACCUUCUACUUAGGCUACAAAAAUGUGGAGCUGCUAUUCGCUGGGCUGGUCAUCAACACACCAGGAGAGAUGGUAGGUGCUUGCAUUGGUGUGUUCUUGCUGGCUGUGUUCUACGAGGGUCUGAAGAUCGGCCGUGAGGUCCUGUUGAGAAGGAAUCAGGUGAACGUGCGUUACAAUUCCAUGCCUGUCCCAGGAGCUGAUGGCACCGUUCUCAUGGAGACACAUAAAACAGUCGGCCAGCGAAUGCUGAGUCUCGCGCACUUCCUCCAGACGUUUCUUCACAUCGUCCAAGUGGUGGUCAGUUACUUCCUCAUGCUGGUGUUCAUGACGUACAACGGUUACCUAUGCAUAGCGGUGGCGCUGGGCGCCGGCCUCGGCUACUUCUUGUUCAGCUGGAAGAAGGCAGUAGUGGUGGAUAUUACAGAACACUGUCAUUAACCUCUCUUGUUUAAACCCUCAAAAAACACCCACUGUACAAUCUCAACAUGCAUCACAGCAACUCUAUGUGUGUAGAGCACUGUAUGAUUGAAUAGUUCUUGGUCAAUAUUGGCCAAGUAGCUCUGUUCAUUUUAAAGCUCCAUUUUGAUUUGAUUUUGAUUCAUUUUAUACAAUUUAGCCCCAUAUUUCAUAUCCCAACUGCUCAUCACCAUCAAUCCCGGUCACUUCCUCUGUAAUGUUGAGAUAUGUGUGCACAACCUAAAGGUUGCAGUCACAUUCAUAAUCAAAGGGCAAAAAGGUCCAUUGUCUAUUGUCAAUAGUGUAGCGACGUAUGAAGCACAGCUCACACAAGUCACUUUCAAACCAAGCAACUUUUUCACGGGCAACGCAGCAAAUUCUUGUGACCAACGUGAACACUUCGCGAAAUCUGCGUGUGGAAAUCUUUUGCCCUUAUGCAAAUUUUUCCAAUCAUGUGGAUUGCUAUUGAAAUGACUUGAUUUCGAAUGCAAAACUUCGCUGAACAAUGGUAAAGGUGUGGUAACAUUUACCGUUGUUAAGCGAAUUUUCGCUUUUAAAUUAUAAUUUUAAUAGGAAUCCACUUGAUUAGGAAUUUUGCGUGAGGGCGAAAGAUUUACUUACAGAUUUCGCAAUGAGUUCACCACGUUGACCAACAGAAAGCCAGUCAGUUUGAAAGGCUUCUGUGCGAGUGGAGCUUCAUGCAUCACUACACUAUUAACAGUGUUUAUUUUUUUUUGCCAGUGAAAUUUAGCUGAAAUUUUACUAAAGUGACGCACCUUCAAUGUGACCACACCUUAACAGUCUACCUCCACAUAGUACUGAGAGUCACGGGUGACCUUGUUCAUUAUAAUCGCAUCUGUUAUCCACAUCUCAUGAUUUAUUUUGUUUAUGAAGGUGCUUCUGAGUGCGAUAGAGCCUUACUAAACCCAUUGCCUUAAACAAGGGAACACACGCACACCCAAAAGGGUGACAAUAGACUCUAAAAUCCAAACAGGAUCUGGACCCAAUAUACAAGCACUAGUGGUGGGAGGGUGUUUUUUUUUUUUUUUUUUUCCUUGGAGGUUGUUAUGGCCAAGUGUUUCACAUCAAUGAAACUACCGUUAAUAAUCAGUGACCAUUGUUUAGACAUAAACACUGGACUGAAUGAUGUUUGCACAAGAAAGAGAGGUUUUGGGACUCUGAGUUUGAAGUCGAACUUUGCUCCCUUUGGAGUGCUUUUAAGUAAAUACGGGGAGAUUGGUGAAAAAUAAAUUAUAUCUGAUGCCAGUGUCACCGAUUUCGUUUUAUAAUUUAUAUUUGUAACACUCAACUAUGACAGUGUACUUGAUAUCAAUGUUUUCUAGCAAUCUUUAUGUAGAACCUUUUACGCUGACAUCUUUUAAAAGAAAUAUUGUGGCGCAUUUGUGAUGUUGAGGAAAUCAUGAGCUGUUAAACAUAUUAAGGUCAUCGCUCUGAUUGUUACUGGGUCCCAGAAUGUGAAUUUUAUGUUGAGUAAAUUGAUGAUAGUUAUGCUCCUUAACUGAAAGGAGUAUGCCUUUACAUAUGGGACCCAAAUAAAGUGCCCAAGAAGUGUCUGAAUUGCUUGUGAAAACAAAAGGCUGGAAAAGGCUUUCUUACUGACAAAAUCACAAAACUACAUAUAUUUUAAACCAGUAAGCAUGUGGGUUUUAGAAGAAAGCCUGUUUAAUUUUUUUUUUCGUUGUUCCUUUGUAGAUUUCUUUUCUAUAAUGAUUUUUUUUUUUUUUAGUUAAAAGCAGAAAAAAAAUGUAAUUUCAAAAGAAAAUAUAUACAUUAUGUUUUUGCAGCAGGUGCCACUCUGUCGUUUUACAUUUGACGAUCUCGGCUUAGUCAUAUUGCAAAUUUAUUUUAAUGACAAAAUAAGUUUGCAUUGUCUUAUAUGGAGAAAAACUACAAGCUGUUGGGUAGAAGGACUGAACCUUAUUUCCAGUGCUGUGGCAGUGUUAACUUUUUUUUUUUUAGGCUGGUUACAGUUCAGUCAUGUCUGUAGAGUUUGAAAAUGUAAACAGUACUAUAAUCAUAGUAAAUGAUGAAUAAAUAUUAUAUGAUUUCAAAGACAA